GAGACGACAACGUGAGAGAGAGGAAAAAAGAGGAAGCGCAACAAAAGAUGGGGAAAGAAGGGAAAGGAAACAUGAAAGAAGAGAAGACCAACACCAAAGGAAUGCAGGGGUAGAAGAGGAAGAGGAACAACGUAGAAGAAGAGAAAGAAAAGAAGAGAAAAGAAGAAAAAGGAAAGAAGCAGAGGAGUUUGAACAAGAAUCUAAAUAUAAAGACAGUGAAGGAAACAAAAGACAAAGAGAAAAGUCAAGAUCACAAGUUAAGGAACCUCGAACAAAAAAUGAUGAGGACGAAAAAUAUUCAAAAGUCAUUACAAGUGAAAAAGAAGAAGUUAACAACGAUGAGGUAAACUAUGAUUACGACGACGACUUCGAGGACUAUGAAGAUGAUUUUGAAGAAAAUGAGAGUGACGAAGAGAGGAACCCAGAGGUGGAUGCGAUCAUUCGUGCCAUAAAUCAAGAGAACGAACGCGUUAAUUCAGCGAGGACAAACUCAGCCACCAGUGAACGAAUGCAAUCGAACCAAACGACCUCGGAACACGACUCAGCAUCAUCGAGGUCACAUGACAUGGUUGCCACGACGAUUAAUUUCUCGGGUGCCAAGCAACGGAGCGUUGAGAGUAAAACAAGGAAGAGAGUUUUGAAUCGCCGAAAUGAUCUGCUGACUUUGAUCCAACUUGAUUUCAAUUCAUUUGACUUGUUUGACCUUGCACCAGUCACUGAAUAUAACUUCUAUAUCAAGAACUUUGGAAGCCAGAACUCAGGACAGGCAUCCACGCAGUGUAAUGAUGACGCGAUCGAAAUUGAAAUUCAAACCGACCAACCAGAAGUCGGGGAUCGGUGGUCGCAACAUCCACCAGAUGGAGCUAUUGCAUGUGGAGGCACAACAGUAACAGAAGAUUCCCCCCACCUUCGAAUGUUGGCAGCCAUGCGUGACGACUCAAAUCGCUUCAGCGAGUUCCUCGUUUACGCUAGUGACAUCAUCGACUCCUCGUUUGAAGAAGCCCUCUUGUGGCGAGGGAACAAACCAAACUCGUUCACCCCGAUUACAAGUUGCGAUGCGUCAACGAAAUUCAACACAAACAUCCCAUAUUUGCAUGGGCGUAAGAUUCUCCACACCAUAUUUGGUAAUGGUAUGAUUGCUGUUACGUUCGGUGGUGCGUGUCAUGAUGUUACGACGAGAAUCGACCAACGCGGGAUAAUCACCGUGUGGAAAGUUUCAAAUAAUGAACAACCUUAUAGAAUCUUAAUCUGCGAUGCUUCUCCCGUGACUUGUUGUUUUGCUCAUAACAAGAAGAUAUUGUUUGUUGGAACGGAUGAUGGCUGCGUGUUGCUUUAUGACCUCACAGAGCCAACCACUAUGCACCAACAGAUGGAGUUGGAGAAGAACAUGAUGACAGUGAUGAGAAACGCCACGUAUACUACAGGUUGGCAGAAUGAGAUUCACACUUCACCCAUUGUUUGUUUGGGUUCCGUUGGGAGUUUUGAAAACAUGAGUCAGCUGUUUUCAAUCGAUGAGUCAGCACGUUUAUGUGUAUGGGUUGUUGUGGAUAUUAUAUCAGAUGUUGAUGAUGACGUUGGGUUGGUUCCGCAUGGCCGGGUAAAGCUUGUUAAAAGUUCCGUCAUUAACGUGAUUUCUAACAAACCCUCAUCAUCAGGACUUGGUGGAUCGGCUACGUUUGCCGUUUGUCCAGAUUCAAAUACUUUCUAUGUUGGGACAGAUCUGGGUGAUGUUAUAAGCUGCACUCGUGAAAACAAGACACGAACGUACAACCUCCCUGGUAAUAAAUCAUCUGUGACUUCAAUAUCUUUCAAUCAAUUCAUCUCCACACUGAUGUUGGUUUCUUACAAAAGCGGGGAUAUUGCUCUGUUUAUGUUGGAUAGAGACACCCCUGUAAUAUCCUGGCCACUAGAUGGCACGAGUAUACUCUCAUGUGAUUGGUCCAACAGUCGGCCAUCCGUGUUCUUCUCGUUAGAUUCGACCAAUCACCUGCAAGUAUGGGAUCUAAUGGCGAUGGAUGCCGCACCUGUUUCUGAUGACUCAUUUGAACAAAAAGUGAUAUGUUUUUCUGUUGAUGGUCAUUCACAAAAAUCAACCAACCUGCUUGUUGCUUUUGAUUCUUGUGAAUUUGAGAUCUUGAAAAUGAAAUCUCAUUUUGUAAACUCAGUUUCUACCGAUGAAGUUGAACAAAUGACGUCUUUAGUUCAAUCUUUUGGUUGACCUCAUAUAAGUAAACCAGGAAUGUAAUUUAUUUACAAAUUGCAAUAUUGUUGGUAUUUGUCAUUGUGAAAUGUUGCAAAAAUGUGUUUAUUUUAAUAAAAAAGCUAUUUUGGUUUAAA